UCGAAAUAUAAACAUAUAGAAACGUAUCUACAUACAUCUUGGAUUAUAUAAUCAACUGACUUGGAGAUGAAGAAAAUCAUGGUAACUGUUGCUGCUGUUCUGUUGAUGACUUUGGUGCUUGUUGAGGCCGCUCCUGGAGGAGGACAAUCUGGAGGCGGAGGUGGAGGUGAAGCUGGAGCUGGAGCAGGCGCUAAUAUGGGAUUUGGUGGUGGUGCUGGAGGUGGUGGUCAAGGGCAAGGAGGCGCAGGAGGUGAGGCAGGCGCUGGUGCUGGAGUUGGUUUCGGUGCAGGAGCGGGAGCAGGAGCUGGAGGUCAAGGAGGAGCAGGUGGCGGCAAAUAGAAAAGUCUUAAUGCGGAAAUGAAAAAUAUAUUUUGAUAUUUAACUGUACUUCUGUUUUCUUUUUUCAAUAAAGUUCUAUUCCUGUUAUGCAAUUUAUGAAA